CCAGAUUUCAGCAGUACUUCGCUGACUGAGCAACAGUGCACACCUCGCUCGCUUGUCUUCUUGCUGAUCUUCUGUGCUUGGUGGUGGUGGUGAUGAUGCAGCGGUUGUGGGCUGGGCAGCACCGCAGUGCCCGCUGUGUUCAACAGGCCAUCUUAACAUGGCGCACUGCUGUGGCUGGUACUGUCGCUGCAAGCGCCACAAUUCCGGGUAGCCCAGCGACUGGAUGUCACCGCUGCCACAGCCAUCAGCGGCAGCAGCAGAAACAGCAAACACCCCUCCGGCCGCACCUGCAUCACCAGAGGCAGCCGGGCGUUCGCCUGUUGAGCACAGCAGCCAAGAUCGGACAGAAGCACCCUUUGCUUGAUGUUAGCGAGGAGGUGCUACAGGCACAACAAGAUGGGCGCCCCGUCGUGGCACUGGAAUCCACCAUCAUCAGCCAUGGCAUGCCAUUCCCCGACAACGUGGAGACGGCACUUGCUGUUGAAGAGUGUGUGCGGCACGAGGGAUGCAUUCCUGCCACAAUUGGCAUUAUGAACGGCCGCAUUCGUGUUGGCAUGAACGAGGACGACAUUCACCUGCUCGCCAACGCAAAAGAGGUGACCAAAGCGUCCCGCCGUGACAUGGCGUAUGUGCUGUCGCAAGGCAAGCUCGGCGCCACCACCGUCGCCGGCACCAUGAUCGCCGCCCACAUGGCUCGCAUUCCCGUGUUUGUGACGGGCGGGCUUGGCGGUGUGCAUCGUGACGGCCACGUCACCAUGGACGUGUCGGCGGACAUUACCGAGCUCGGGCGCACCCCCGUUGCUGUUGUCUGCUCCGGUGUUAAGAGCAUAUUGGACAUUGGACGCACCCUCGAGGCGCUUGAGACACAGGGCGUGUUUGUUGCCACAAUCGGACGGCAGCGGGAGUUUCCCGCCUUCUUCGCCGCAAAGAGCGCGCACAUGGCACCAUAUUCGUUGCCAAGCGAGGAAGAAGCAGCAAAAUGUCUGCACUCGCACCUCUCACUGGGCGUUAGCAGCGGCCUCGUGUUUGCCGUUCCCGUACCAGCACAACACGACCUCGGCAAAGAUGUGGACGCUGCCAUCGAGGACGGCCUCGCUGCGGCCAAGGCUGCAAACGUUAUGGGGAAGGAGGUAACGCCGUUUCUGCUGCAGUUCGUCAACAAAGCAACGCAGGGGCGGUCGCUCGCCACAAACAUUGAGCUCAUCAAGAACAACGCGCGGACGGGCGCUCGCAUUGCGCGCUCCCACGCAGCGCUGACACACACGCGCCGAAGCUACGCAACCACGACCACCUCAGCUGCAAGCGCCAACGACCAGCAACAGCGCGGCACCCGACCGCCGGCCGUCGUUGGAUUUGGCGGCGCAGUGUGCGACAUCAUCUCAAAGUUUCACUCGGACGAGGUGGUGAGCAGCAGCACCAACUACGGCGCUGUCGCGCUGUCAUGUGGGGGCGUUGCCCGAAACGUCGCUGCCGCCGCUGCCAAACACAUGCGCGCACGCGGCAGUGGUACAUCGCGUGGUGGUGUUGGCCUCGUCACCUCGCUCGGCGCUGAUCUCCUCGGCGAUGUCAUCGCAAAGGACGCACACGCAGCAGGAAACAUGCACCUUGUUCUGCCACAGGUCGGCAACGCUCGCACUGCCGUGUACAACGCCAUUCUCGACAAUGACGGCAACCUCAAGUUUGCCAUUGCCGACAUGACCGCGCUCGAUUGCCUGCAGGCAACGCUGCUUGACGAUGCGCGCGUGUUGCAGGCGCUGGAUGCCGCCGAUGUGUGGUUUGCGGACUGCAACUGCGACGAACGUCUUCUGCACCGGCUCCACGCGCUCGCCGAUCCAUCAACACUGUUGUGGAUUGAGCCAACCUCCAUCAUCAAAUCACAGCGCGUGCUCGCUCUCGAUGUGUGGGGACAGCACAUGCACGCGCACACGCACACGGCUUCAUCUUCAUCAGCACGUGUUGUGCUGUCACCAGACGUGCAUGAGUUUGCGCACAUCCUCAGGGAACUUCCUCAUCAAUCAGCACACACGCGUGUGGAUCCAAACACCGCCGAUGCACAGGCCGUUCUCAACAUCGUUCAAGACGAGCUGCUGCCCCGCUACCCGAAUGUGACGUGGGUAGUGACACUUGGUCCCGAUGGUGUUGUUGCGCCAUCACCAUCAACUACAUGGAGCGAAACACCGACCCGCUACUCACAUUACGCAACAAAGCCCCUCACACGCGUCGAAAACGUGACAGGAGCCGGCGACACGUUGGCUGGGGCAAUGCUCGCGUGUGCGGCGGAGAACAGGGCCAGCACCGUUGGCGCGGCCGUGCGUGCUGGAAUUGCCGCUGCCACCGCCCUCCUCACAGCAUCAGUGUGACUCGCGGCUGAUGCUGGCAGUGGGUGCGUGCUGGUUGCUUGGCGUGUGCGAUGCGUGUGGAUGUGCCCGGGGGCUCGGGGGGGGGGGGGGUGAGCGCGCGCGCGUGUUUGUGUGUGUGCAUGUUCCCACUUCGUUUUACAUGACCACGCCUUGAUGUCGAAACCGGUGUUGUUGUUGUUGUGAAUUGCCAAGAAUUGCGGCUUUCAUACAUUUAUUGCGGCAUUCACACUGUAGAUUCAUGUGACAUGACACCACAUGGCAACAGCAAACAAUACCAACACAACAAUAGCAGAACAAGGCUAAGAACAGUCACAGUCGUG